AUCCACAUGUAACUUGGCAGUACUAAAUAUUGUUAUGGUUUUUCCUUUUCUAUUUUCACACUCCGUAAAUAAUUUUUACUGAAAAUACCUUCAAAGAGUUUGGUAUUUAUAAAAAUCUGUAAAAUAUUAUUUAAAAAUGACGCGGCACGCUCGCAACUGCACCGCCGGUGCUGUGUAUACAUACAAUGAAAAGCGACGUGAUGCUGCUGAAUCAGGCUAUGGCACCAACGCACAACGCCUUGGUAAAGACUCAGUGAAGUCCUUCGAUUGUUGUUCUUUAACUUUACAACCUUGUCGGAAUCCAGUGAUAACUAAAGAAGGCUACCUCUUCGAUAAGGAAGCCAUUUUGCAAUAUAUAAUUACAAGGAAAAAUGAAUACAGUCGUAAACUGAAGGAAUACGAACGUUUGCGACGGCUCGAGGAGACCGAGAACGCGCAGGAGUUAAAUCUUAAGCAACAAAAAUGCAUUGAAAAGUUUGUUAACGCUGGCAAACCAGUCAAUGAGAGUGCCAACGAUAAAAAAUUAGCUGACGUUAUAACGAUAACUCCAAGCACAUCGGCAGCUGCCGUAGCUGCGGCCGGCGGCUCCAUCUCUAACAUGACCAAUGGCAAUGAAAAGAAGUUACCUAGUUUCUGGGUGCCAUCCGAGUGUCCAAAUGCUGGUGUAGCAAAGGCCAAAAAGCCUGAUUCAACUAUUUAUUGUCCAGUCUCGGAGAAGCCAUUAAAAGUAAAAGAUUUAAUAAAUGUAAAAUUCACACUACUCAAGGAUGGUGAUAAUAGUCGUUCGCUUAUAGCAAAAGAAGCGCGUUACAUGUGUCCCGUAACACACGAUAUACUCAGCAAUGCUGUACCUUGCGCUGUGCUGCGCCCAACUGGCGAUGUGGUUACUAUGGAAUGUGUAGAGAAAUUAAUUAAGAAAGAUAUGAUACAUCCAUUGACGAAUCAGAAGUUAACGGAAAAGGAUAUUAUACUCUUGCAGAGAGGUGGUACCGGCUAUGCGAUGACCAAUGACAAUUUAAAUGCCAAGGAAAAACGUCCAAUGUUGCAGGUUUAGAAUAUUUUUUAUAUAAGAUUAGCGAGUUAAUAUUUUUAGUAGCUUGUGUUCAAUAAAAAAACUCCACAAUUAAUAUUUUAUAUAA